UCCGGGGUUCUAAUACAAUUCUCGUCCAAGAUGGCGGCGGUGAAAGCUGGGAGAGCUGCUGCUGUCCUCUCCUCCGUUCCACUGCAGAUGCUGUUCUUCCUGAACGGGGUCUAUUAUGGGUUUUAUUUCCUAGCCACGCUGCUGAUGAUAAUAUAUAAAAGCCAGGUUUUAAGCUACCCAGAUGGGAACCUGGCACUAGACUUGGCUUUGCUGUUCAUCAUGGCAAUUCUGGAGGGCAUCAGGCUGUACCUGGGUGUGAGAGGUAACCUGAAAGAAGAGGAGGUUUCAGUAGGAAUCAGCCUGGCUCUCACAGUGGGCAGCAUGCUGCUGUCUGUGUACUUUGUGGUGUGGCAGACCUACGUGCUGAGGGCCGAUGUGAUCGUCGGUGCCAUCCUGCUGUUCAUCUAUAGCUUGGAGGCCAUACUAGAUAUCACAGCCAUCGCUGCUUUCAGUGCCUACGCAUAAAGAAGCGUCUUCCUCUAGCAGGUCCUGAUUACAUCCAUUCAGCUUGGUGUCUGUGUGCUGACUGUCAUGGCACAGAGUUAUUUAUUAAACUGUGUAUUCCCCAAUACAUUUGUUACCUUUCACUCUGGAUACAAGAAAAUAUUGAAUAUAUUGUAUUACUUUAAGUGAAACAAAGCCUAUUAGUUUUAAUAUAACCGAUGUUAAAAAAAAUGCAUGUGGUAAUUGAGCGUCUGUUGGAAACUGUUUGCACGUUUGUUGUUUACAUAUGUUUCCACCAGAUGGCAGUCUAACCCAAUUUAAAAAAGAAACUAUGAUAAAUAUCUUUACCUAGUUUUUGAGAGAAGGGGGGUGCAUUUUUUUCUUUUAUUAUUAUUUUCAUUGAUUUCUUCUAAUGAAAGCUCAUCCAGAUUAUUCUUUUUGGUUUUUUUUGUUCGUUGCAGUUUCUGCAGACUGCACAAGCCUGUCUUUAGGCUGUGGGUGUUUAUUUGUUUGCAAGCUGCAGUGUCAGCUGCUUCAGUGGGACGUGGGAGUGCUGUUUCUGGGCUGAUGAGAAGGUUAACACAGCAUGUUCACAGAGCCUCAGAAACGAACAUUUAAUGAGAUAAAAAAAAAAAAACUAAACUAAACGGUGGCAGCAGCCAGGCGAAACAGCACGACCCUUACACAAGUUCACCUUGUUAAAUUUGCCAUGUUGUGUGUGCUUUUUUUGCCUUGAUUUGUUUUUAAAUAUGCUUUGCCAUACAUGUCUGUGCUUUACAAUGCUU